AUGGCAGACAGGAACAAAGAGGCACUACUGGAGGUACAGUGAUCUCAACAUAACACACCUCCAAACAAACUGAUGCACACAACUUGACUUAUUCAGGUCAUUUCAACAUGUCACCUUGUGUUAGUGCAUACUAUAUAGAUGGUGUGUGUGUGUGUGUGUGUGUGUGUGUGUGUGAGUGUGCACGUGCAUCCGUAUAUGUCUGUGCGCUCUCCUCGGCAGGAGUGUUUUUGUGGCAGCUCUGUGUCUGUGCCUGAGAUGGAGGGUGUACUCUGGCUGAAGGAGGAUGGGAAGAAGAGCUGGAAGAAGAGAUACUUCCUGCUCAGAGCCUCGGGGAUCUACUAUGUACCUAAAGGAAAGGCCAAGGUACGUCUCUGGAACACACUGAGUAACCUGUACUCAAAUAGUGAGUAUUUAUUUAUUUAUUUAUUUAUUUAUUUAUUUAUUUAUUUAUUUAUUAUUAUUAUUAUGAAAUAGUGUGUAUAGUCUGACAUCUGUGGUGCUUCUGGGCCAAAAAAAACCCCGAUCAGCAAUGAAGUAGUCUGCAAACACUAUUGCUGCAAGACACACUAGUGAUUCAUGAAAUGAUAUUUUUCAGGCCCCUCUUACCCAUUCAGUAACAUGGGGAACUGCAAUUGUCAUUGUAGAUCCAGAAAUAACAUCAUGUCAUAGAUACUUAUUCUUUGGAUUGGUAGUUCCCAAUACUGGCUAACCAAAUCAAGCAUUAUUUAAAGUGCAUUUAGAAAUCGCAACACACUUACAAAUAACAAAUAAGUAUAAAAUUGUCCUCAAGGGGAGCUGACUGCAAAUGAUCAUCUGGUUAAGAAAAGUGCAAUUGAGUAUUAUCAGAAUACUACAGUCGUGGAGAGAGAUAGAGAGAGAGAGAGGGAGAGAGAGAGAGGGAAGGAAGGAGGGAGGGAAUACAGUAUGUAAACAUUAUUAAAGUGACCAGUGUUCAAUGACUAUGUGUACAUAGGGAAGCAGUCUGUAUGGUGCAGGGUUGAGUACUGGGUGGAGGCCGGCUAGUUCAGGGAGGAUGGAAGGGUAGAGUACUGGGUGGAGGCCGGCUAGUUCAGGGAGGAUGGAAGGGUUGAGGACUGGGUGGAGGCCGGCUAGUUCAGGGAGGAUGGAAGGGUAGAGUACUGGGUGGAGGCCGGCUAGUUCAGGGAGGAUGGAAGGGUAGAGUACUGGGUGGUAGCUGGCUAGUUCAGGGAGGAUGGAAGGGUAGAGUACUGGGUGGUAGCUGGCUAGUUCAGGGAGGAUGGAAGGGUAGAGUACUGGGUGGUAGCUGGCUAGUUCAGGGAGGAUGGAAGGAUUGAGUACUGGGUGGUAGCUGGCUAGUUCAGGGAGGAUGGAAGGGUUGAGGACUGGGUGGUAGCUGGCUAGUUCAGGGAGGAUGGAAGGGUUGAGGACUGGGUGGAGGCCGGCUAGUUCAGGGAGGAUGGAAGGGUUGAGGACUGGGUGGAGGCCGGCUAGUUCAGGGAGGAUGGAAGGGUAGAGUACUGGGUGGAGGCCGGCUAGUUCAGGGAGGAUGGAAGGGUAGAGUACUGGGUGGAGGCCGGCUAGUUCAGGGAGGAUGGAAGGGUAGAGUACUGGGUGGUAGCUGGCUAGUUCAGGGAGGAUGGAAGGGUAGAGUACUGGGUGGUAGCUGGCUAGUUCAGGGAGGAUGGAAGGGUAGAGUACUGGGUGGUAGCUGGCUAGUUCAGGGAGGAUGGAAGGAUUGAGUACUGGGUGGUAGCUGGCUAGUUCAGGGAGGAUGGAAGGGUUGAGGACUGGGUGGUAGCUGGCUAGUUCAGGGAGGAUGGAAGGGUAGAGUACUGGGUGGAGGCCGGCUAGUUCAGGGAGGAUGGAAGGGUUGAGGACUGGGUGGAGGCCGGCUAGUUCAGGGAGGAUGGAAGGGUUGAGGACUGGGUGGAGGCCGGCUAGUUCAGGGAGGAUGGAAGGGUAGAGUACUGGGUGGAGGCCGGCUAGUUCAGGGAGGAUGGAAGGGUAGAGUACUGGGUGGAGGCCGGCUAGUUCAGGGAGGAUGGAAGGGUAGAGUACUGGGUGGUAGCUGGCUAGUUCAGGGAGGAUGGAAGGGUAGAGGACUGGGUGGAGGCCGGCUAGUUCAGGGAGGAUGGAAGGGUUGAGUACUGGGUGGAGGCCGGCUAGUUCAGGGAGGAUGGAAGGGUUGAGUACUGGGUGGAGGCCGGCUAGUUCAGGGAGGAUGGAAGGGUUGAGUACUGGGUGGAGGCUGGCUAGUUCAGGGAGGAUGGAAGGGUUGAGUACUGGGUGGAGGCUGGCUAGUUCAGGGAGGAUGGAAGGGUUGAGUACUGGGUGGAGGCCGGCUAGUUCAGGGAGGAUGGAAGGGUUGAGUACUGGGUGGAGGCCGGCUAGUUCAGGGAGGAUGGAAGGGUUGAGUACUGGGUGGAGGCCGGCUAGUUCAGGGAGGAUGGAAGGGUAGAGUACUGGGUGGAGGCCGGCUAGUUCAGGGAGGAUGGAAGGGGUGAGUACUGGGUGGAGGCCGGCUAGUUCAGGGAGGAUGGAAGGGUUGAGUACUGGGUGGAGGCCGGCUAGUUCAGGGAGGAUGGAAGGGUUGAGUACUGGGUGGAGGCCGGCUAGUGGUGACUCUUUAACAGUCUGAAGAUGGAAGCUGGUCAAUGUAAAUGUCCCUCUCACUCAAUCUUCUGUAGAGCGCCACUCAGUGGACUGUGCAGUGAGGUGAAGGCCAGUGCAGUGAGGUGAAGGCCAGUGCAGUGAGGUGAAGGCCAGUGCAGUGAGGUGAAGGCCAGUGCAGUGAGGUGAAGGCCAGUGCAGUGAGGUGAAGGCCAGUGCAGUGAGGUGAAGGCCAGUGCAGUGAGGUGAAGGCCAGUGCAGUGAGGUGAAGGCCAGUGCAGUGAGGUGAAGGCCAGUGCAGUGAGGUGAAGGCCAGUGCAGUGAGGUGAAGGCCAGUGCAGUGAGGUGAAGGCCAGUGCAGUGAGGUGAAGGCCAGUGCAGUGAGGUGAAGGCCUGUGCAGUGAGGUGAAGGCCAGUGCAGUGAGGUGAAGGCCAGUGCAGUGAGGUGAAGGCCAGUGCAGUGAGGUGAAGGCCAGUGCAGUGAGGUGAAGGCCAGUGCAGUGAGGUGAAGGCCAGUGCAGUGAGGUGAAGGCCAGUGCAGUGAGGUGAAGGCCAGUGCAGUGAGGUGAAGGCCUGUGCAGUGAGGUGAAGGCCAGUGCAGUGAGGUGAAGGCCAGUGCAGUGAGGUGAAGGCCAGUGCAGUGAGGUGAAGGCCAGUGCAGUGAGGUGAAGGCCAGUGCAGUGAGGUGAAGGCCAGGGCAGUGAGGUGAAGGCCAGUGCAGUGAGGUGAAGGCCAGUGCAGUGAGGUGAAGGCCAGUGCAGUGAGGUGAAGGCCAGUGCAGUGAGGUGAAGGCCAGUGCAGUGAGGUGAAGGCCAGUGCAGUGAGGUGAAGGCCAGUGCAGUGAGGUGAAGGCCAGUGCAGUGAGGUGAAGGCCAGUGCAGUGAGGUGAAGGCCAGUGCAGUGAGGUGAAGGCCAUGAUUUCUUCUCUCUCCUCUCCCGCUGGCAGGCUUCUAGAGAACUGGUGUGUUUCCUCCAGCUGGAUCAUGUUAAUGUUUACUAUGGACAGGACUACCGCAGCAAGUACAAGGCUCCAACGGACUACUGCCUGGCCCUGAAGGUACCACACCCUGCUAUCACUAGUACCAUAACACCACCACAGACUACUGCCUGGCCCUGAAGGUACCACACCUGACCUACACACCCUGCUAUCACUAGUACCACACCUGACCUACACACCCUGCUAUCACUAGUACCACACCUGACCUACACACCCUGCUAUCACUAGUACCACACCUGACCUACACACCCUGCUCUUACUAGUACCACACCUGACCUACACACCCUGCUAUCACUAGUACCACACCUGACCUACACACCCUGCUAUCACUAGUACCACACCUGACCUACACACCCUGCUAUCACUAGUACCACAACACCACCACAGACUACUGCCUGGCACUGAAGGUGAGAGCAAACACCCAGGAUGUAUCCCAAACUUGUUUUUGGUUGCAGGUUCAGGAAUUGCUGAAUAAUUGCAACAUUUACCUGGAGCUAACUCUGCAAAUAGCACUACUGGGUGAUUUUAAAAAGUCAUAGUCAAUCGAUCAAUAACAUAAUAAUACAUCCACAGACUGCUACUCCCACCUAGCCCUGCCCCCACAGACUGCUACUCCCACCUAGCCCUGCCCCCACAGACUGCUACUCCCACCUAGCCCUGCCCCCACAGACUGCUACUCCCACCUAGCCCUGCCCCCACAGACUGCUACUCCCACCUAGCCCUGCCCCCACAGACUGCUACUCCCACCUAGCCCUGCCCCCACAGACUGCUACUCCCACCUAGCCCUGCCCCCACAGACUGCUACUCCCACCUAGCCCUGCCCCCACAGACUGCUACUCCCACCUAGCCCUGCCCCCACAGAUUGCAUACUCUCUGCACACUCCCUACCCCUAUCCCUGCAUACCCUCUGCACACUCCCUACCCCUAUCCCUGCAUACCCUCUGCACACUCCCUACCCCUAUCCCUGCAUACUCUCUGCACACUCCCUAUCCCUGCAUACUCUCUGCACACUCCCUACCCCUAUCCCUGCAUACCCUCUGCACACUCCCUUCCCCUAUCCCUGCAUACCCUCUGCACACUCCCUACCCCUAUCCCUGCAUACCCUCUGCACACUCCCUACCCCUAUCCCUGCAUACUCUCUGCACUCUCCCUACCCCUAUCCCUGCAUACUCUCUGCACACUCCCUACCCCUAUCCCUGCAUACCCUCUGCACACUCCCUUCCCCUAUCCCUGCAUACCCUCUGCACACUCCCUACCCCUAUCCUGCAUACCCUCUGCACACUCCCUUCCCCUAUCCCUGCAUACCCUCUGCACACUCCCUACCCUAUCCCUGCAUACUCUCUGCACACUCCCUACCCCUAUCCCUGCAUACCCUCUGCACACUCCCUACCCCUAUCCCUGCAUACCCUCUGCACACUCCCUACCCCUAUCCCUGUUUCUGCACAGAGUGCGACUGUCUGACUCUAGCUGUAACGAUGCCCAGGAAGUCUUACGAUGUUUUGAAUAUUGUAUCAUCUGAAUCUCUUCAUGUUACGUUAGCAAAGUUCUUUGAGGUGAGGCCAAAGACUCAGCCGGUAGUAACACCUGGCUGGGCCCACAAAGUGUCUCAGAGUACGAGUGCUGAUCAGUUUUGCCUUUUAAAUCAUAAAGAAUAGGAUUACAUUAUGGACAAGGGGGACGAGGGCGUUUGCUGAGUUGUUUUGGGGGAAUGGAGAGAAGAGAACCUAAUCAUAAUGCCGUGAAGCGGAGAGAAGGGAACCUAAUCAUAAUGCCGUGAAGCGGAGAGAAGGGAACCUAAUCAUAAUGCCGUGAAGCGGAGAGAAGGGAACCUAAUCAUAAUGCCGUGAAGCGGAGAGAAGGGAACCUAAUCAUAAUGCCGUGAAGCGGAGAGAAGGGAACCUAAUCAUAAUGCCGUGAAGUGGAGAGAAGGGAACCUAAUCAUAAUGCCGUGAAGCGGAGAGGAGGGAACCUAAUCAUAAUGCCGUGAAGCGCCGUCCUUUCUCUUGUCAGUACUCUUUUAAAUAAUAGAGGCUCCAAAGCCAUGUCAAUUAUGAACCAAAUAUUUCCCUUCCGUUUCCUCAGGAAAGUAACCUAGUAAACCGAGAAGGUUUUCUUUUCUGGUGUGAUGGUAAUGUUUCCUGAUGGGAGGAACUGGGUACAGCAGAGGGAUUGACGAUGUUGUAUCGCUGCCCUCAAGUCUUCCUGUCAGAGGAGAGAAGUACAGCCUUGUACAGCGUCACACUGCCAUCUAGUGGCACAGUGGAUAAACUUACUGAGAAACCAUCUCUGCAUAGCCUCAACUCACAUCUCUGGGGUUUUAGCCCAAUUCAUCUUGCUUAACCCAGAACUAAAACCUUGCAGAAUCAGUCCACGAGAGAUUAUAGCCCAAUUAAAGACACAAAUUAGAGAAAUCCAAGCACGCUAUUCAUGUGACGCGUCGUCGUUAACAUGUCCCAUUGUCUCUCUGUUUGUUCAGCACCCUCAGAUCCAGAAGAAAUCCCAGUACAUCAAGUACCUGUGUUGUGAUGAUGUCAGAACACUACACCAGUGGAUCAACGGGAUACGCAUCGCCAAGGUAACGUUAUGUUGCCUCAGCAACAACGUAAUGAGAAAGCAGAGCCGUAGUCUGGGUGCUCAUAUAACGUCUUUGACAGAAUACCUCAACGGCCAAACUCAAAGUAUUUGGUCCUGAUGGAAAGAUGUGGGUGUAUUCACUAGGAACCAAACAGAAGCAAGCGGUACGAAAUGGGGAGGGACCUACCUGAAUUUGUUCAAUAAAAACUCUCGUUUUCGUUGCAAAACGUUUUACGCUGGGAGUAAACCGUUUCCGUUGCAAACCGCUUUGCUGAGGAAACCGACUAAUGAAUACACCCCUAAUGUCUGUUGUUGACCGACUAAUAAAUCAAUCAAAUCAAAUCAAAUGUUAUUUGUCACAUGCACGUGUUUAGCAGAUGUUAUAGCGGGUGUAGCGAAAUGCUUGUGCUUCUAGCUCCGACAGUGCAGUAAUAUCUAACAAGUAAUAUCUAACAAUUUCACAACAUAUACCCAAUACACACAAAACUAGUAAGGAAUGGAAUUUAAGAAUAUAUACAUAUAUGGACAAGCAAUGACAGAGCGGCAUGGACUAAGAUACACUCCUGAACAUCUGUUUCUGAACGACUAAUGAAUACACCCCUGAUGUCUGUUGACCGAUGUAUCUCUCUCUGUGUCCCCAGUAUGGGAAGACCCUGUAAAUACACCCCUGAUGUCUGUUGACCGAUGUAUCUCUCUCUGUGUCCCCAGUAUGGGAAGACCCUGUAAAUACACCCCUGAUGUCUGUUGACCGAUGUAUCUCUCUCUGUGUCCCCAGUAUGGGAAGACCCUGUAAAUACACCCCUGAUGUCUGUUGACCGAUGUAUCUCUCUCUGUCUCCCCAGUAUGGGAAGACCCUGUAUGUGAACUACCAGGAGGCUAUGAAGAGGACUGAGGCAGCCCACGACUGGUCCUCUCUCUCUAGCUCCUCUAUCAAGUCUGGAUCCAGCUCCUCCAGCCUGCCUGGUGAGUGGUGGUGGACACACAACACAUCUACAACACAGCACACCUGCACUCAGCUACGAUAUAGCAGGGCUGACAUCUAUUUUAUUAUUUAAAUCGUCAUUUCAGGGUACAUUUCCAGGAAUUGCAUUUUCUUCCUGAAUACUGCAAAAAUUGAUAAGAACCAAAAGAAGUACACUUAAAGCAGUAAUUGUAAAGAUUGUACUGUCAACAGCUCUCCUGACAUCCCAGGCAUAAACAGCCCUCAUGAGCGAGACCGACGGGCAGCAGGAAGAGAAACUCCAGCUACUUGUCGCGACCGAGAGCGAGAUAGAAUAGCAUCGCUGAUAGCUAGCGUCGCGAUCAAGCAUCAAUCUCGCUCGGCUCUGCGCUCCGAACACCUCUCGCUCUACGCUCUCGCUCCUACCCUCUCUCUCUCCCCACCCCCCCUCUGCUCUCGGCUCUCUCUCUCUCUCUCUCUUCUCCUCUCCUCUCCCAUCUCUCCCCCUCCCCUCUCUCCAGAAUCCCAGUCGAACCACUCCAGUACUGAUAGUGGUGUUGCUGUGUCAGAGAGCAACCUGUCAGGCCACACCUCUCAGAGCCAGGUCGGCUCCAUCUUCUCCGAGGCCUGGAAGAGAGGCACCCAGGAUGAGGUACCACCUCCUCCUGUACUCACACCCUCACCUUAACCUAUCACCUGUCUCUAUUGACCUGCCUCAGUAUUCCUCACCUUAACCUAUCACCUGUCUCUC